AUGUUAGGCUCUUAUCGGUUACUUCUACUCGUCAAACUAAUCCUGUUUGAAUUACUUGGACUAAAAUGUAUUGAAGAUGAUUCAUUUCGUCGUUAUCGUCGAUUACGUUCUCCUACUUAUAGUCACACCCAUAAUUCAUCUGUCAAUCCAUUGUUUUACUUAAUGUCUGCCUCGAUCAGUGACCAUUUUGCUGUUAUUAAUUGUUCAACGCCCGAACAUGUUCCUCAUCAUAAACUCGAUUGGUAUUUUCAAACAAGCACAUCUUCAAAACCACCCCGUGUUAUUUGGCAACGUGGUCGUUCAAAUAUUCAUCGUUAUAUAGCUUAUUCUCCCGAUCAAUUACGACAUUUUUUACAAAUCAAACCUAUUCUUUACAAUGAUAGCGGAACAUACACGUGUCUAGAUCAAACUACUGGUUUCUUUGCUGGAGUAGAUCUGAUUGUUCAUGACAGUCAUAACUGUGCUGAAAGUAUUAUAAUCGAUUUACAUAUGUCAUCAUUUAUUUGUUUGAUCUUAUUCUUAUUAGUUCUCUUAAGAUAUACGGCUAGUGAGAGUCAAGUACCAUGA